CGAAAGUCGUUCUGCGCCGGCGCAGCUGGUCUCCGCUUUUUUGAUCAAACAGAUAGACGUAGCCCUACUGGGUAAGAGUCCACACUACAAGUGAGCGCCACUCACAAUAAGAAUAAAGUACCAAGAUAGAGCAAAAUGGCUUCCUCCUCGUCGUCCGCCGUCUCCGCCAAUGCGUUGCGAAUUGGUCGGAACUCUGCCAAUCGCGUGAUCUUUGGCCAUGGCCUUGGCGACAGUCCUCGGGGUUGGGCAGAUGUCUGCGCUUACUGGAGUCGGGAACUUCCAAACGUCCAGUUCGUGCUUCCUGCGGCGCCGAUGCGGCCUGUAACGCUCAACGGGGGUGCGGAGAUGCCAGCCUGGUACGACCUUCCAGCACAUUCGGAAUUGGCAAAGUACUCUUCGAGGCUAGAAAUGAAUGUGAAUGGGAUAGAAGACGCACUUGCGAUGUACUCAGAGCAUGUCGUAGACCCAGAGUCAACGGUCUUUGCUGGCUUUUCACAGGGAGCUGCUGUUGCUCUCUAUACCGGAAUGUGCGCUGCGAUAGUGUCGAAAGCCAAAGGUAAAAAAAGCGUGCCACGAGGAAUUCUUGCGCUGUCAGGGUACCUGCCAGCCGCAAAAGCGCUCAUGGCUGUUGCAGAAUCUCUCCAGAAAGACCGGGCAACCACCCCUGAAGUGCCAUUAGCAGCAACAGUAGCACAGAAGGUAUACAUUUAAGCUUAUGCCUGCGCCUAAAAGUCCAAAUCCUGAAGAUGUUGUGAACGAAAAUUUUCUGGAUCGAGAGUUGAGAGAUCUUCAAUGUUGAAAAAAUACAUUUAUCACAAACUCUUUCAACGCAAUUCUCGUCAAGGUAUGCAACUGCUCACACGUGCCUGUGCUUCUUUGCCACGGGCGGCAGGAUGAAAUGGUAUCCUAUUGGAACGCAGAGAAAACACAAAUAUUCCUGCGAGAAGAAUUUGAAAUAAAUGCUGAGUUGCUCUCCUAUGAUAUGGGUCAUGAAGCAUGUCAGAAAGAAGUUGAUGCUGUUGCUAAGUGGUUGCACGAUAGAUUUCCGAAACAUGAUGAGAAAUUUUUGGAUGAGCAUGGAGCACGAAUGUAGCCUGGGUUGUACAAUCGGGAGUCCCUUAUACAAUAAAGUCUCACAAGCUCUUAUCAAGGCAUGGAUGUAGAUGUUGUUCGACUGCGCAACCAAGUGGAAAACCC